AUGGAGCCGGCGCUGAGGGCCGCGGUCGAGGCCGUCCACGCCAGCCCCCUGCGCGCGGUCCUGCACGUCACCGGCGGCGGCGCGCAGAGCGUGGGCUGGAUCGCGGCGGUCCCCGGCGCGUCUCGCACGCUCAUCGACGCCAGAGUCCCGUACGCGCGCGAGUCCAUGGCGGACGCGCUGGCCUCCGGCCCGCCCGCGCAGUUCGUCAGCGCGUCGACCGCCAGGGACAUGGCGGUCGCCGCGUACCGCCGCGGCGCCCGGCUGUGCGGCGGCGACCGCCACCUGGUGGGGCUGGGGUGCACCUGCGCGCUGACGUCGCACCCGCCCAAGCGCGGCGAGCACCGAUGCCACGUCGCCACCUUCGGCGCGCGCGGGUUCGCCGAGUACGUCCUGACGAUGGAGAAGGGCAGGCGCGAUCGGUGGGAGGAGGACGGGCUCGCGUCAGCCCUCGUGGUGCAGGCCCUGGCGGACGCGGCCGCGGAGGCGGAGGCGGACGGAGACGCCGACGCGAGAUCUCACGACGGGUCGCAUCAUCAACAAAAUCAACCCUGUGGUUCGCUCGUCUGCACAGCUGUCGGCGUCGCGCCCCGGCCGGACAGCUGUGUCGUUCUACCCGGAUCGUUCAACCCGCUGCACGACGGGCACCGAUCGAUGCUCGAACGCGCGAUCGCGAUGCGCCCGCGCGGCUCCGUCCCGGUGUACGAGCUCGCGGUGACGAACGCGGACAAGGGGACGCUGCCGACGGCGGAGGUGAGGCGGCGCGUCGAGCAGUUCGCGGGGGAAGGAUCAUCCUCCCAUGCUCGGCUGUGGUUGACGCGCGCGCCGCUGUACAGCCAGAAGGCGGCGCUCAUGCCCGGCGCCACCUUCGUCCUGGGGCACGACACCGCCGUGCGGCUGUUGAACCCGAGGUACUACGGCGGCGAGGGGGAGAUGCGAGCGGCGCUGCGGACGAUGCGCGCGACGGGAUGCACGUUCAUCGUCGCCGGCCGGGUGGAGCAGGACGCGGGGAACGCGGGGGACGGGGCGUCAGGGAGGUUCCUGACGCUGAGGGACGUCGACGUCCCGAGCGAGUUUGUCGGCAUGUUCGAGGAUCUCGGUGAUUGGAGGAUGGACGUGUCGUCGACGGCGCUGAGAGCCGCGAAGGAUGCGGGG